AUCGCGAAGAGGAAUCAGUCAAACAAUAAUUUUUAUUCAGUGAACAUCAAUGGCUGUCAAUAAAGAUUUAAGUUACGAAUUUAACUUGAGUGGCUACUGUUUGCGGAUAAUAGGCAUAUGGCCCGAUUCACGUAUGUCAUUGAAUGAUAUUCGUUUUUCAAACGUAAAAUUCAUGUUCGCUACGAGUUGUAUAGGUUUAUAUCUAUUCACGCCGCAAAUAAUAAAUGUGUUUCGUGCUUGGGGCAAUUUAACACGAAUGGUGGAACUCUAUAUCCCCGCAAAUUUCAGUUUAGUGACAAUCUGCAAGCUGUGUGUUACGAAAUAUUACAGAGACAAACUUCAAAUAAUAAUGGCAUCGAUCAUGAACGAUUGGAUGACAUCGAAGACCGACUGGGAACGAAAUACGAUGUUAAGGGUCGCAAAACGUGGCAGAAUCUUAUCCUUUAAAUACUUCGUAGCCGCGAUGGGCACAAGUAUAUUUGCCAUUUGUUUUUAUCUCCAGGCGUUCUUUAAAUCCAUGAAUCAACCUCGACGGAUUCUCGCCUAUCGAUUCGAUUAUAUUCAAAAAAGUCCGAAUUACGAAAUCACCUUUCUUAUGCAAAUCCUCAGCGGCUUGUUCUCGGUUUUCAGCACUUAUUCCGUCGACAGUUUUGUCUCAAUACUCGUGCUGCAUAUAUGCGCACAACUGAUAAAUCUACGAAUUACACUUGGCAAAUUGGUCGAGCAAGUGACCGAGAAUUCGAUAUCCUCCUUGACAUUUAUGGAAGGUUUAAGCACAAUCGUUAAACGACACGAGUGUCUCAUCAGGACUGCAAAGACAAUCAACAAAUGCUACAGCACAGUAUUAUUUAUACAUCUAUUUGGCGCCAUUCUUCAGUUAUGUUUAGUAACUUUUCAAGUUUUCACGAUAAUAACAAACAAUAUAAGUUUACCUAUUAUCAGGAUGAUUUUCCUCGCGUUUUACAUUUACCUUAUAUUGAUGGAAUUAUAUUCUUAUUCUUACGCCGCUGAGGUGCUUGUGCAAGAGAGUACUCGUCUUGCAUACGGUGUGUUUGAAUGCAAGUGGUACAAUCUAUCAGCGAAUGACGCGAAGGCCUUAAUGUUUAUUGUACAUCGAUCUAAUAUUCCGCUUAGAUUGACAGCUGGAAAAUUCGGAAACUUUUCGAUGGAAUUAUUUGGAACAGCAGUAAGAUCGUCAGUGGGAUACGUAUCUGCGUUGCUGUCAGUUACAUCAUAAUGAGAGAUUAUUGAACUGAUUCUAUAUAUGCUGACUGAUAAUUAGAUGAGUUUUCAAAUAAAUUUAUAUGCACGCUUGUAAUUUAUAUUUACCAAGCAAAUACAUUUUUGUGUA